AUGGAUGCCUUUUGCGGAUCAACGUUCUGGACGUUGGCAUUUUGCUUAAUGGUACGCCUACAACGGGAAGAUAUAAAAUUCUCCUGGAUUCAGAUAUUAUUUUGGACUCUGUCCCUUAUCGUGGAAGGAAUUCUUUUAAGAAGUGCCGUAAUUAAAUGGGAUGAAGUUCAAGACUCGAUUAUUAGAAAAGCAUACUUGCUAAGCCAAGAAAAGACAAUGGACAAUUUAGCCCAAGAUCCGACAAUAUUUAAUUUUUGGAUGGAUACAAUAUUUUGGAAAUCCUUCCAGAAAAAGUCACUUCAAUUGAAACCAUUUGACUUAAAAGAAGCCUACUCUUAUGCUAACGGGCAUUUGAGUCAAACAAGUAUUAAUGGUCCUGAAAGCACGUCAUGUAACGCCAUUAAUUUACUUUUUGCCUCGUUUGGCAAGCAAUUCGCUAUAUCAGGACUGCAAAGAAUUUGUCAAGAACUAUUGGCAUUUGCUGCCCCAGAAAUUUUAAGGAUAAUGGUCACUCAUUUUACCUACACGAUGAACAAAACUACGUGGAAGGAUUACUUUUACGUCACCGCCUUAAUCACAUCCCUGAUAGCGAGGAACAUUUUAGGAUUAUUUUACUGGAAAAAUGUGACCGCAAUAUCUAUUAAGUGCAGGUCAAUGCUUCAUUCUAUCAUAAUUCAGAAAGCUUUAAGAAUUUCCAAUAUAGAAUCUAUAGACACGACCAGAAGCACUUUAUUAAAUAUAAUAGGGGCCGACUCUCAAAAAAUUUGUGACUUAAUUCCCCUUCUCCACACGUUAUGGAUUGCUCCAAUUCAAACAAUUGUUGCCACAUAUUUGCUCUACAACCUGCUUGGAUACCCCGCAUUCGCUGCUUUAUCCACAAUUCUCAUGCUGAUUUUAUUAACCACAUUUUUAAUGAGACAACUCAAAGAGAUACAAACCGACCAAAUGAAAGGGAAGGAUUCCAGAGUAAAAAUUGUUUCAGAAACGAUCCAAAACCUAAAAACUAUCAAACUGCAUGCGUGGAAUGAAGCUUUCCUAAAGAAAAUAGGACUAGCCCGACAAUUAGAGGUGGACUCAUUAUGGCGUUCUUUGACAAGAUUAGGCUGCAUGGUUACCUCAUUCACCGUAGCACCCGUCAUCGUAUUGCUGGUCGUACUGGUCAUGAAAUCUAGUCUGGAUGGGGAGUCAAUCAAUGCAGGGAUAAUGUUUGCGGCGUUAUCAAUCAUUAAUAUUAUUACAGUACCAUUAUUAACCGUACCAGCUCUUGCCAUGUUGUUGUCUCAAACUUCUGUGGUUGGUGAAUCUGGAUCUGGAAAAUCAUCCUUGUUACAAGCAAUGUUAGGAAAUAUGUUCAUUACUAAGGGCAAGAUCGAUGUCAAUGGGAAAAUUGCAUACGUUCCUGAAUCCACAUGGACCAGGAAGACCACCAUCAAAGAAAACAUUUUACUCCACAACCCCUUCAAUAAGCAGACGUAUCUCGACGUAAUAAAUGCAUGCGAACUUGACACUGACUUAUCUUGCUUGCCAAUGCGUGACGAUACACAAAUCCUAGAUAACGGGUCCAACCUAUCGGGUGGUCAGCGGCAGAGAAUUUCUCUCGGUCGUGCAGCUUACUCUGGGUCAGACAUCUACCUCAUGGAUCAGCCCAUGAGUGCCUUAGAUGGAAAAACGGCUAAUAAAGUUUACACGAAAUUACUAAGUUUGAAUGGAUUAUUAAAGGAGAAAACGCGCAUAGUUGCGACCGACUAUAGCGAAUUGAUUGCAGAUGCAGAUAUUGUACUACAAUUAGAUGACGGAGAAGUAAAGUAUUUCGGACCUAAUCGUACCAUUUAUAAGGAGCGGACUCGAUCCAAAUUUUGUGAAGAUGAUGAGACAGAUAUUUUGUCAAGUUAUGAUGUACAUCCUCAAUGUAACGAUAAUAGUGAGUUAUCAGAAUCUGUCAAGCCGACAGAGGAUCGGCCACCCGUUAAGAAAUCACUUUAUGUGUAUGAAGGGGGAGUAACAAGGUUGACCAUGGGGAUAACUUUGGUUAUUUGUUCAGUUGGUAAUCCUACUAAAUAUUUAAAGACUUUAGUGUUUGUAUGUGUCUAAUUUUAGAGAAGCCCUGUUGGUCUAGUGAGUAGAAUGGUAGUCUUCUGUCGCCACGCAGAGCUACCAGUUCGAUCCUAGCCAGGGAAGCUUCUUUAAGGACCAUGGCUCCAUUUUUACUACAUAUUACGGAUUAGUAAGGAAACGACGGGAAAUGUGGUUAUAAAAUAUGAGACAGAGGUCGUCUGCCUUCCCUUCCCGAACUCUCGUUAGUCUCAUUCUGGCAGAGGCAGAGACAAGAUGUUCACUUACACUAAUGUUUUUGAGUUUCGCGUGAAUAAUGCGACAAGGCAUAAUUUAGUCACCUAUGGUGUUAAAAAUUGCUUGAUUUUUUUCAGGAAAUUUCCUAUUUCUCAGCCAAAAAAUGGAAUUUGGUGA